AUGCAAUUCAUUGAUAUAGGCUUCAAUAUUACCGAUGACAUGUUUGCAGGCCGGUAUCGUGGGAGUCGGAAACACGACAGCGACCUAGAGGGAGUGAUAGAGCGGGCUCGCGAGAAUGGAGUAACCUAUUUCCUUUGUACUGGCACAGAUUGCAAGGAAUCGGCGGAGGCGAUUGCUUUAUGCAGGAAGUUUAACGCCAAGUGGGAGAAGCCUUGUUGCUUCGCGACGGUUGGUAUCCACCCGACGAGUUCUACCAAAUAUCGUGGUGAAGAAAGUUUGUCUGAAUUGCGGAAGUUGGUUGAGGAGAACCGGGAUAUCGUCAAGGCGUUUGGGGAACUCGGAUUGGAUGCGGAACGAACCUCAUGGGCUGACUUGGAGACACAAGAGCGUGCCUUUAAGGAGCAGUUGAUGCUGGCUUAUGAGUUAGGUCUGCCACUGUUUCUGCAUAAUCGGAAGACGACGGUUAGAUUUUGUGAAAUUUUGGAAGAGACGACAGAAAUGUAUAAGCUAAAAGCAUCAGAGACUAAGCUGAAAGCAUCAGAUAUGGAAGCAUCAGAUAUGGGGUCAUCAGAUAUCCCGUGGGGGUCAUGUGUCACGGGAUCAGGUCUCCUACCUGUGUCAGGUGUGGUUCAUUCUUUUGAUGGUGCUCGAGAUGAUGCUCGCCGAUUCAUUCGACUGGGUCUACACAUAGGUGUGAAUGGUUGUGGACUUAGAGAGUUGUGUUUGCACGAAGUAAUUCGUGCUGGCGAGAUUCCUGUCGAACGACUCCACUUCGAAACAGACGCGCCUUGGUGCAGUAUCAAAAAGACCCAUCCGUCCUUCGAUUUAAUUAAAUGGGAAAUAGAGAACUUGCCUGUUGUGAAGCCCGAGAAACAUCAGUCAAAUGUCGAAGAGAUGGUUAAGGGUCGUUGUGAACCUAUGCAUGUCAGACAAGUCGCCGAGUGUCUUUAUCGGCUACAUGAACAAGGGGAACCCACCCGGGAAAAAUACGCUCAGUUCUGCGAACGAAUAUACAGGAACUCGCUCCAACUAUUUCGCUUCUAA